CGCCGGGGCACGGUCUGGGGUCUCGCGCGGGGUCGCGGCUCCCAGUACCGCCUGAGGCCCGUGGGCGGCCCACCCGGCCCUGCUCCGCCCCGGGUCCGCCGCUCCCCGGCGCCCUGUCGCCCCUCCACGCUCAGCUGUGGGCCCCUUGUGUCCCUGAAGUCCCGCACCCUCACCCGGCUGCGUGCCCGGGCGGGUCAGGGGCGCCUCCGACCCCUGAGGCUGCCAGCGCCCCCCAGCCAGGGGUCGGGGAAGACUAGUGAGGCUGGGGGCGGAGCCGACUGCUGCCUUCCUGCGGAGUGGCUGGGGAGACCCAGGAUGAGCCUGGGCGAAAAGUCCCUCUGGCUGCUGGGAGGGUCGGGGGCAGCAAGGAGCCAGUGCCGCGAUGGGCUGCGGCGGACGGGGCCGGGGCCUGGGCCUGGCAGUAGCAGGGGGUGUUUGUGGAAGAUAGAGCCGAGAAAAAGAAGAGUUGUAAUGUCUGCAGAAGGCUGGUGCUUCCUAGGCCAAGAUGAAGGAGUCACAGCGCCCAUGGCCUCUCGGGAGGCGGCCAGAUGUGCAGUCUGGGGUCAGGGGAACGGUCAGGGCCAGAGCUGGGUAUUUUGGAGUUGUCAUUUUGAGGCCCUGAGGGCUGAGGGUCAGUGCAGAAGAGCACCAAGCCCCCACUCGGUGUAGGGCAGACGGGGUAGGGUGUCUGGCAGCCAGUGAAGACGGGGGUCAGAAGAGGAGGGAGUCUUGUCUGGGUCAAGUCAAGGGAAACUAGGACUGAGAACGGACCCUGCUCUGUGGCCGCAUGAUCUUGAAGGGACGGAAUUACUGUCCUGUAACUCAGUCUCCCUCCCUGUUAAUAGCCCUAGUUUUUAAUAAGAGGAACUAAAUGUAUUAAUGCGUGGACACUUGUAAGGUUCAAGAGCUCCCCUCCUACAACGCUUGCUUCUGAUACGUUUGUAUAAACAAUUGUUAGGAGUUUAGGUUGUUACCAAGCUUCUAUUUGGUAUUCUUUUGAGCCUGAAAAAGAUGGAGUUACAUAUAAAAUUAUAAUUUUAUUUAUUUAUUUUUUGAGAUAGUUUUGGUCUUGUCGCCCAGGCUGGAGUGCAGUGGCUCGAUCUCGGCUCACUGCAGCCUCCGCCUCCUGGGUUCAAGCGAUUUUCCUGCCUCAGCCUCCCGAGCAGCUGGGGUUACAGGCAUGCACCACCACGUCUGGCUAAUUUUGUAUUUUUAGUAGAGAUGGGGUUUCAUCAUGUUGGCCAGGCUGGUUUCAAACUCUUGACCUCACGUAAUCCACCCACCUCGGCCUCCCAAAGUGCCAGGAUUACAGGCAUGAGCCACCGCGCCCGGCCAUGAAAUUACAAUUUUAAAGUUAACUUCUAGUAUUUGGAGGGCCUCAUAUUCAUGGCUGCAUGCAGAUCAGUGUUCCUGAAUAUUACUCAGAUGGGCUUUUAUAGAAGUGGGUUAGAAUCGGGUGCCACCGACGCCUGUAGUCCCAGCUACUCGGGAGGCUGAGGCAGGAGAAUGGCGUGAACCCGGGAGGCGGAGCUUGCAGUGAGCCGAGAUCGCGCCACUGCACUCCAUCCUGGGCGACAGAGCAGGACUCCGUCUCAAAAAGAAUUGGGUGCCACCCAGUGAACUCUUAGGUGGAGUCCAGUAUUGUAUGAAGCAGUUGUGCGCUGUUGGUGGAGACAUGAAUUGAGGAAGUUUAAAUCUCCAGCAUUUAGGGCAUCUUGGAGUCUGCUCGUGAGAAGGGCUUGGAGGCCUAGGUUGAACCCAAGCGUUUGCGGCGACUAGGUGACCCCUGCAGUGGCCAGGUUGCACCCAUAUCUGAUUUGAUGUCAUGGUUUGGGCAGUGUUUGACUUGUGUAACAAUACAGCUUGUCCUUUUGAGAGUCACCCAUGCCACCAAACCAUGUUCACACACUGGAGUCAGGAUGUCAGGUCUCAGCUGCCUGAUGACUCCAGCUAAGUGAAGGCCUCUGAUUUCUUGGGGUGUCCCGUUGUGAAGGGAACAUACAGCUCAGCCCUACCAGCAACAAGGGUGCCAGAUGCCCCCCACUAUCCUGUGGAGGGGAGUCUUGCUCUCACCCGGCUGGAGUGCAGUGGCACGAUCUCGGCUCACUGCAACCUCUGCCUCCUGGAUUCACGUUAUUCUGCCUCGGCCUCCCGAGUAGCUGGGACUGCAGGCGCCCGCCACCACGCCCGGCUAAUUUUUUGUAUUUUUAAUGGAGAUGGGGUUUCACCGUGUUAGCCAGGAUGGUCUCGAUCUCCUGAUCUCGUGAUCCGCCCACCUCGGCCUCCCAAGAGUGCUGGGAUUACAGGUGUGAGCCACCGUGGAGGGGCUUUUUUACAUGAAAACUUUAUUUUUCUUUUUUUGUUUGUUUGUUUGUUUGUUUUUUUGAGACGGAGUCUCGCUCUGUCGCCCGGUGUGAGCCACCGCGCCCAGCCUUUUUUUUUUUCUUUUUUGAGACAGAGUUUCGCUCUUGUUGCCCAGGCUGGAGUGCAAUGGUGCAAUCUCGGCUCGCUGCAACCUCUGCCUCCCAGGUUCAAGCGAUUCUCCUGCCUCAGACUCCAGAGUAGGUGGGAUUACAGGCACCCACCACCAUGCCCGGCUAAUUUUUGUGUUUUUAGUAGAGACAGGGUUUCUCCACUUUGGUCAGGCUGGUCUCAAACUCCUGACCUCAGGUGAUCCACCCGCCUUGGCACUCCGAAAGUGCUGGGAUUACAGGUAUGAGCCACCACGCCCGGCCUUAAAACCUGUUCUUGACAUUUCUUUACCAUUUUAAUUUUUUUGUUAUUUCAUUUUUAUACCUGAGGUCUUGUUAUGUUUCCCAGGCUGGUCUCGAACUCCUGGCCUCAAGUGAUCCUCCAACCUCAGCCUCCCAAGUAGCUGGGAUUACAGGUGCAAGCCACUGUGUCAGUUGGUCACCGCAUGUGUGAGAGUUCCCCCCACCCUGGACACUUAUUCAGUCGGUCACCACGUGUGUGAGAGUCCUCCCCGCACGCUCGUUCAGUCAGUCACCCCUUGUGUGAGAGUCCCCCCCGCAGGCUCGUUCAGUCGGUCACCCCUUGUGCGAGAGUCCCCCCCGCACGCUCGUUCAGUCCAUCACCCCUUGUGUGAGAGUCCCCCACACACGCUUGUUCAGUCGGUCACUGCAUGUGUGAGAGUGCCCCCCGCACGCUCGUUCAUUCGGUCACCCCUUGUGUGUGAGUCCCCCCGCACGCUCGUUCAGUCGGUCACCCCUUGUGUGAGAGUCCCCCCUGCACGCUCGUUCAGUCGGUCACCGCGUGUGUGAGAGUCCCCCCCGCACGCUCGUUCAGUUGGUCACCCCUUGUGUGAGAGUCCCCCCCGCACGCUCGUUCAGUCGGUGACCCCUCGUGUGAGAGUCCCCCCCGCACGCUGGUUCGGUCGGUCACUGCGUGUGUGAGAGUCCCCCCCGCACGCUGGUUCGGUCGGUCACUGCGUGUGUGAGAGUCCCCCCCGCACGCUCGUUCAGUCGGUCACCCCUCGUGUGAGAGUCCCCCCCGCACCCUGGUUCGGUCGGUCACUGCGUGUGUGAGAGUCCCCCCCCGCACGCUCGUUCAGUGGGUCCCCCCUUGUGUGAGAGUCCCCCCUGCACGCUCGUUCAGUCAGUAACGUGUGAGAGUCCCCCCCGCACGCUCGUUCAGUUGGUCACCCCUUGUGUGAGAGUCCCCCCCGCACGCUCGUUCAGUCGGUGACCCCUCGUGUGAGAGUCCCCCCCGCACGCUCGUUCAGUCGGUCCCCCCUUGUGUGAGAGUCCCCCCUGCACGCUCGUUCAGUCAGUAACAUGUGUGAGAGUCCCCCUCACACGCUCGUUCAGUCGGUCAUCGCGUGUGUGAGAGUCCCCCCCCACGCACGCUCGUUCAGUUGGUCACCACGGGGGUGGCACUUUUGGUUUUAGCCAACUUACCUGAUAGAAUUGGGAGUUUUAAAGUAAAACUGAUCUGGAAGCCUGAAAAAACCAGCAGCACGUUGUUCGUUUCCAGAUUGAAUCGCUCCUAGCUGACCCCUCACAUCUCUUAUGAUAUGUACAGAAAGCAAGAGCAGCCCAUGCCGUCCGGCCAUGCACCAGGUCUCAGUCUGUGUGUCUGGUUCAGGUGACCAUGGUGUUCAGCUCAGUCCCUCCUCUGCCUCCUGUGUAGGCCACUGAGAUCUCCCAAGUCUAAGCCGGAGGAAGUUCUGGGCUUUGUCGUUCGCGGGGGUCACAGCUCUCAUGGCUGCAGCUAGCGUGACCCCCCCUGGCUCCCUGGAGUUGCUACAGCCCGGCUUCUCUAAGACCCUCCUGGGGACCAAGCUGGAAGCCAAGUACCUGUGCUCCGCCUGCAGAAACGUCCUCCGCAGGCCCUUCCAGGCGCAGUGUGGCCACCGGUACUGCUCCUUCUGCCUGGCCAGCAUCCUCAGCUCUGGGCCUCAGAACUGUGCUGCCUGUGUUCACGAGGGCAUAUAUGAAGAAGGCAUUUCUAUUUUAGAAAGCAGUUCGGCCUUCCCAGAUAAUGCUGCCCGCAGGGAGGUGGAGAGCCUGCCGGCCGUCUGUCCCAGUGAUGGGUGCACCUGGAAGGGGACCCUGAAAGAAUACGAGAGCUGCCACGAAGGCCGCUGCCCACUCAUGCUGACCGAAUGUCCUGCAUGCAAAGGCCUGGUCCGCCUUGGUGAAAAGGAGCGCCACCUGGAGCACGAGUGCCCGGAGAGAAGCCUGAGCUGCCGGCAUUGCCGGGCGCCCUGCUGCGGAGCGGACGUGAAGGCGCACCACGAGGUCUGCCCCAAGUUCCCCUUGACUUGUGACGGCUGCGGCAAGAAGAAGAUCCCCCGGGAGAAGUUCCAGGACCACAUCAAGACUUGUGGCAAGUGUCGAGUCCCUUGCAGAUUCCACGCCAUCGGCUGCCUUGAGACGGUAGAGGGUGAGAAACAGCAGGAGCACGAGGCGCAGUGGCUGCGGGAACACCUGGCCAUGCUGCUGAGCUCAGUGCUGGAGGCAAAGCCCCUCUCGGGAGACCAGAGCCACGUGGGGUCAGAGCUCCUGCAGAGGUGCGAAAGCCUGGAGAAGAAGACGGCCACUUUUGAGAACAUUGUCUGUGUCCUGAACCGGGAGGUGGAGAGGGUGGCCAUGACUGCCGAGGCCUGCAGCCGGCAGCACCGGCUGGACCAAGACAAGAUUGAAGCCCUGAGUAACAAGGUGCAGCAGCUGGAGAGGAGCAUUGGCCUCAAGGACCUGGCGAUGGCCGACCUGGAGCAGAAGGUCUUAGAGAUGGAGGCAUCCACCUACGAUGGAGUCUUCAUCUGGAAGAUCUCAGACUUCGCCAGGAAGCGCCAGGAAGCUGUGGCUGGCCGCACACCCGCCAUCUUCUCCCCAGCCUUCUACACCAGCAGGUACGGCUACAAGAUGUGUCUGCGUAUCUACCUGAACGGCGACGGCACCGGGCGAGGAACACACCUGUCCCUCUUCUUUGUGGUGAUGAAGGGCCCGAAUGACGCCCUGCUGCGGUGGCCCUUCAACCAGAAGGUGACCUUAAUGCUGCUCGACCAGAAUAACCGGGAGCACGUGAUUGACGCCUUCAGGCCCGACGUGACCUCGUCCUCUUUUCAGAGACCAGUCAACGACAUGAACAUCGCAAGCGGCUGCCCCCUCUUCUGCCCCGUCUCCAAGAUGGAGGCCAAGAAUUCCUACGUGCGGGACGAUGCCAUCUUCAUCAAGGCCAUUGUGGACCUGACAGGGCUCUAACUGCCCCCUACUGGUGUGUGGGGGUUAGGGGCAGCCAGGCACAGCCGGCUCACUGAGAGGCCACCACACUGGGCCAGGGCCUCACUGUGCAAGUGGGCAGGGGCCGCGCUUGGGCGCUUGGGAGGGUGUCGGCCUGCAGCCAAGUUCACUGUCACGGGGGAAGGAGCCACCAGCCAGUCCUCAGAUUUCAGAGACUGUGUAGAGGGGCCUAGGAGACAGGCUUAGCCCAGGGCUAUGGUGGGAUUGGCCGAGGGUCUUCAGGUGCUUCCCAGCACAAGCUGCCCUUGCUGUCCUGUGCAGUGAAGGGAGAGGCCCUGGGUGGGGACACUCAGAGUGGGAGCAUAUCCCAGCAGUGCCCACAUAGCAGGAGCCCAGUGGAUGGCCUUGUGUCCCUCGGGCAUGACAGGCAGGAAGGAGGGCUGCUCCAGGAGAAGGGCCUCCUGCUGGCUAGAGCAAGGAAGGCUGAGUAGCUUGGUUCUCCCCUCUGGCCCCUGGAGAGAAGGGAGCAUUCCUAGACCUCUGGGUGCUUGUCUGCACAGAGCUCUGGUCUGUGCCACCUUGGCCAGGCUGGCCGUGGGAGAGGGUCUGAUCCCAUGCUGCCUCUGCUCAGACCACUGUGUGGGGGGUGCACAGCACAGCCUGCGGGUGAGGUGUGAGAGCUUGCCAUCCAGCUCACGAGACAGCUAUUAAACCAUUCAAAUCUU